AUGGGCGAUGUGCAUGUUGUCGGUGGCAAAAAUGCUUCUUUGGGCGAAAUGAUUUCCAAUCUGUCAAAUGCCGGCAUUUCCGUUCCCGACGGCUUUGCGACCACCGCUGACGCCUAUCGUUCUUUUGUGCAGUAUCAGGGUCUGGAUCAGAAAAUCAACGGGCUUCUCGAAGGUCUGGAUGUCGAUGUCGUCGCCGACCUGCAACGGGUGGGCAAUGAAAUUCGUCAGCUGAUGAUGCGGCAUCCGUUGCCUCCCGAGCUGGAGCAGGCAGUCCGGGAAGGCUACAAAACGCUGGGCGGCAGUGUUGCAGUAAGAUCCUCCGCGACGGCUGAAGAUCUGCCAGAAGCGUCGUUCGCGGGCCAACAGGAAACGUUUUUGAACGUCAGCGGUAUCGACCAGAUACUGCACUGCGUUCGUGAGGUAUUUGCUUCCCUGUUCAACGAUCGCGCUAUCGCCUAUCGCGUCCACCAGGGUUAUGCCCAUGCUGAUGUUGCGCUAUCAGCUGGCAUCCAGAGAAUGGUGCGUAGUGAUCUCGGUGCCAGCGGCGUGAUGUUUACGAUUGAUACCGAAUCCGGCUUCGAAGACGCGGUGUUUAUUACCGCUUCCUGGGGUCUUGGCGAGUGCGUGGUGCAGGGUUCGGUCAAUCCUGACGAAUUCUAUGUCUACAAACCGGGCAUCUUGCAAAACCGCCCUGCCAUUUUGCGGCGUAAUCGUGGCUCGAAAUUGAUUCAGAUGGUCUACGCCGAAGCCGGCGCCGACAACCCAGUUGACAUUGUCGACGUGCCGGUCGAGCAGCAAAUGCGUUUUUCCAUUGAUGACACGGACGUUGAAGCACUGGCAAGGAUGGCUAUCACAAUCGGCGAUCACUAUGGCCGACCGAUGGAUAUCGAAUGGGGCAAAGAUGGAGAGACCGGCGAGCUGAUGAUUCUGCAGGCAAGACCGGAGACCGUGCGAAGUCGUGACAAGAAAAAUACGCUUGAACGCUAUCAGUUAAACGAGAUCGGUAAGGUCUUGACCACUGGCCGAAGUGUUGGCCAACGGAUCGGCAGCGGUAAGGUGCGUCUUGUGCCGUCUGUUGAUGACCUCGACAAGGUAAAGCAAGGUGACGUGCUGGUCACUGAUAUGACCGACCCUGAUUGGGAGCCUGUAAUGAAACGCGCCUCCGCGAUUGUGACCAACCGCGGUGGUCGCACCUGCCAUGCCGCGAUUAUCGCGCGCGAGCUUGGGGUGCCGGCUAUUGUCGGUUGUGAAACCGCAACAGAUUCGCUCCAGGAAGGUGCUGCAGUGACCGUAUCUUGCGCCGAAGGCGACACCGGCAACGUCUAUGAAGGCGAGCUGGAUUUAAUGUGAUCUCCACCGAUCUCGACCAGAUGCCGGACCGCGUUUAAGAUCACCAUGAACGUCGGCAAUCCAGAGCGCGCUUUUGCUUUCUCAAGCAUACCGAACCAUGGUGUCGGUCUGGCCCGACUGGAAUUUGUUAUCAACAACACCAUUGGCGUGCAUCCGGGCCUGCUGGAGCGAGAUACCCUGCCCGCCGAACUACAGCAGACGAUCGACCACAAGACUGCCGGCUAUCCCGACCCUGCCAGCUUUUACAUCGAAAAGCUCAUUGAGGGGGUUGCGUCACUGGGUGCAGCUUUUUACCCAAAGCCGGUUAUUGUCAGGCUGUCCGAUUUUAAGUCCAAUGAAUAUGCCAACUUGAUCGGCGGUCCGGAGUUUGAGCCGGACGAGGAGAAUCCGAUGCUGGGUUUUCGCGGCGCUUCCCGCUACAUAUCGGAGUCGUUUCGCUCCUGCUUCGAAAUGGAGUGCGAGGCUCUGCGGCGCGUCAGGGACGAAAUGGGUUUGACCAAUGUCGAAGUGAUGGUGCCGUUUGUGCGAACGCUGUCCGAAGCCGAUCAGGUCAUCGACCUGCUUGGGAAAAACGGACUGAAACGUGGUGACAACGGCCUCAAGGUCAUCAUGAUGUGUGAGAUACCGUCGAAUGCGGUACUGGCUGAUCAGUUCCUUGAACGCUUUGAUGGAUUCUCGAUUGGCUCUAACGAUCUGACCCAGUUCACCCUGGGCCUUGACCGCGAUUGCAUCAUUGCCCAUUUAUUUGAUGAGCGCGAUGAAGCCGUCAAGGCGAUGCUGGCAAUGGCAAUCACCGCUUGCCGAAAGGCCGACAAGUAUGUCGGUAUCUGUGGUCAGGGGCCGUCUGAUCAUCCUGAUCUGGCUAACUGGCUGAUGGAACAAGGCAUCUCGAGCGUCUCACUGAAUCCCGAUACCGUUAUCAAAACCUGGCUGUUUCUUGCGAAGGAUAACAACGUCGCAUAG